CUCACGCGCGCGUUCAUGCAGAGAUCAGAUCCAUGUUACACGCAGAUAGAUAGUCCUACUGUAAACAGAGUCGUCCACAGCCACACAAUCGUCGUCUCUCAUCGGGUUCAUACAGUUUGAGGGUAGAGCAAAAUGACAGAUCCUCCAUCUUUAUUGUCCAUUCUGACUGCGCUGGCUGUGUUCGCCUCUUUGGCCUCUAGUGGUGCCUCCAUCACAAACGAUGGAGACAACUGCCACUCGACACAGAUGAAGGUCCCAGUGAUCCUGGACCAGAGCACAGCAACUCUUCAAAGUCCAGAAUUCACUGCUGACGAAUCCAGCGAGCCAGCACUGAUGUGUGGGAUUGAGUGCCAAAGAAAGCUGCCAGAACCGAGGCCUGCUGAGCUGGAACGACUGCUGUCUUAUGAAACGGUCUACGAGAACGGGACGCGCAUCUUCACCAAAAUCAAACUGGAACAAUUUUCCACUGCCUUGAGAAACAAGUCCUCUUCAGUUGUCUGCAACUCAGAACACCUUAAGCGCAGAAAGCGGCAGGUUUACGGCAUGGAUGGGCGUUUCGUGAUCACAGAUAAACAUUUCACCACCAAUUACCCCUUUUCCACCUCAGUCAAGCUCUCCACAGGUUGUUCAGGCAUCUUGGUUUCUCCAAGACAUGUGCUGACUUCUGCCCACUGUGUCCAUGAUGGCCAAGGCUAUCUCAAAGGCACAAAGAAGCUCCGCGUGGGUGUCAUGAAGCUUCGCUCCAAACGAAAGGGAGGACGUCAGCAAGGAGGCAGGAGCAGAGGAGAAAAGAGGAGAGGAAGUGAAGCAGGAGAACUACUGAGAAGAGAAAAGGAGCACAACAGGAGAAGGAUGAACCGUAUUAAGCGUGACACAGAGUCAGACCAGUCUAAACAACCAGUUUUCAGGUGGACGCGGGUCAAGCUAACUCAAGUGCCGGCAGGCUGGAUGAGGCAAACAGGCAAGGAGGUCUCAGCUGACUAUGAUUACGCCCUGCUGGAGCUGAAACGAGCCCACAAGAUGAAGUUCAUGGAGUUGGGUGUUGUUCCUGCAGUCAAGGACGUCCCCGCUGGAAGAAUUCACUUCUCUGGGUUUGACAACGAUCAAUUUGGGAAAGUGGUCUACCGCUUCUGUUCGGUCUUGGAGGAGUCUAAUGACCUGAUGUACCAGUACUGCGAUGCGCAGAAGGGAUCAAGCGGAGCCGGUGUGUAUGUAAGGCUACGGGAUCAGGGAGGAAAAGGGAAGUGGAAGAGGAAGGUGAUCGGUGUGUUUUCCGGACACCAGUGGGUGGAUGUUGAUGGGAUGCAAAAGGACUAUAACGUAGCAGUGAGAAUAACACCCAUCAAGUAUGCACAGAUAUGUCAUUGGAUCCACGGAAAUGCAAGUCAGUGCAAAUUGGUCUGAGAGCGUCAUUCUGAAAGUUCUACAUUUAUACAUCCAACUUGAUGUCAAGGAAUCCUCAAGACUGCUGGGACAGUCGAGAUUCAAAAAUUGUGACCAAAUGGAAAAACCAUGGUUGCAAGCACAGAUGGAGCAAGAAAUGCCUUUUUUCAUUACAAGAUAGAUUUGGAUGCUGUAUAUUUAUUUUGUUUAUUGCCAAAUUUGAGACUUAAGGCUUUAAAAUGGCAUGUCCAGGCCAUGUUUGUGUUUAAAAAGGCAAAAUCACCAGACGAAGCCAAGCUGGGCAUUCUGCUUGAAUCUGAAACUCUUGAAGAGUUCACCCAAAUAUGAAAAAUUUAUCCAUUGAGACAAGAUUAUUUUCAGAAGAAAAAUGAAUGGUAGUUCACGCUACCUCUGAACAACAAAAUAUUAAUAUCAGGGAGGAUUACUUGUAAAAAUGCAUAAGCGAUGUGAAUUUGAAGCUUCUUGGAGCUUGAUGGUAUAAAUCUCAAUCCAGUUUCACUGUAUGAAGGAGAUAAUCAGAUUAGGUUAAAUGGAUGUGAUUCAUAAAUGGGAUUUUUUUGGUCUGUAUAUUUGUAUUUAUUUAAUAUUCAAUGCAUUCACGUCUAAUAAAGUCAAUUCAGUUAAAAUAUUAAAUUACAAAAUACCAGAUUAUAAA